AUGGCUAGGAACACUAGUAGGUUCCAGGACAAGAUCAUUCCUUUUAAAUCUAUAUGUAGUCUCAUUUUUGCACAUGUCACUUGCUUGUGUUCCAACACUAAUCUUAGUUACAAAGGUUGUUUUGAUGCCUUUUCUACUAUUAAGGCAUUUACAGUUACUAUUCACCCUCUUAGAGUAUUCAACAUAAAAAAAGUUAUUUGGGUUCCACCUUUGUUAAAUUGGAUAAAAUGUAAUGUUGAUAGAGCUUGCAUUCAAAAUCCACCAUUUUCUUGUAGUGGUGGUAUUUUCAGGGACGGUAAGGACCUUUACAUUUUGGCUUAUGUUGAACCAAUUUGCUCUUAUAACUCUAUGGUAUGUGAGUUUUGUACCACCAUUUGUUGUAUUGAGAUAUCCAUAUAG